AAGAGAAGAGGCGAAGAAGAGAAGCACAUGCAUGGUGCACACCCACCUGGCCGUCGUGUGCGUGGGUGAGACAUCGACACUGCGGAUCUUGACACUGACGUUGGUGAUCUGGUGCGUAGUUGGGCAUGAUAGGAGAGAUGGAGAUGCACAGGUUCAAGUCAUGUGAUGCUUACUAAGUGAUUACAUGGUUGACUAGUAACCUCCAUUCAAGAGCGCACGUGGCACGUCCGCUCUUCCCAUCCUCAUCCGCGGUAAUUACACUCACGUGAUCGCCACAAAACUGACCGCUCUCAUCGACCCCGAACAUCCCAAUCUUCAUCCCCAUCCUCAUCCCAUCUCCAUAUCUCUCUCCAACCAUAUCCCACGACCUAAUCUCAUCACACCGGAGUUACCCCGAUUACCUCAGGCUUUUUCUCCACCCACCACUAACCCAAACUCCUACUAGCCCCCCUCAACUUCCCCAGAUUUGCCCUCUAAUCUCUGGUGACAAAACUCUUCCCUUCCCGCUCCAUCAUGCUUUAGUGCAAUUGGCUCCUCCCUCCCACGCCUUCCCCUCAAACGACCUCCUCCUCCCCCCUCCUCCCCCCUCCUCCGCUUCCCCCUUACUACCCUGACCCUCCGAUCGCCGCUAACAGCGGAGAGUGCAUGAUGGUCCCGAACGGACAUCAAGACCAGCCCGUCCAUACACUUGGGGGAUGAUGAGAAGCAUGAAUUGCAGGAGCAGGUUUCGGCGCCGAAGCUGCAGAGGAGGCUGAAGGCGAGGCAUCUGCAGAUGAUUGCUAUUGGUAUGUUCAUGAUUUUGCGAUACAUAGCCGCUCUUUCCCGAGGAGUGUAGUACCCAUUGCUCCUUCCUCGCACACUCGUUCUUGACGGGAAAUGAUCCUCUUCUUCUUCGUCUUCACUGUCUUCUUCAUCGGCCUGCUGGUGCCCUACACCAAUGAGCGCCUGAUAUCCUCCGCCUCCGACGCCACCGCCUCGCCCUUCGUCAUUGCUGCCGAUCUAGCCGGCGUCAAGGUCCUCCCAGGCAUCAUCAACGCCGUCCUCUUCGUCGUCCUCUCCGCCGCAAACUCCAACGUCUACUCCCGCUCGCGCGUUAGACAUAGCGAUCCUCACAGCAGUGCCUAUCGAUUGGGCAAAGAUGAGGAUACGGGAGGAAGGGAUCCACGUCGGGCUUGCGCACGACGGCUCGGCCCCGAAAUUUUUCACCCUUGCCUCCGCACGCACAACCUCUCCUCGGGCGCAUCGACCGUCUUCGGGUGGCCCCUCAACAUCAGCGCCGUCGCGGGUUUCAUCACGAGGGCCAGCAUCGGCACGCAGGGCUUCACGGCGUUUAUGCCAUGAGAUGUGACGCAGUUCUUCGUGGCGUAUGUGAGCUUGAUUCUCUUCGUGGUGCUGUUUGCGGGCCACAAGAUUAUCACGAGGUCCAAGUGGGUUAGGUCUGCUGAGGCGGAUAUUCUGACGGGCAGCUUGGCGUGCGAGGAUGAGGAGUGGGGGAGUAUUGCGCCGACGACGAUGUGAGGGAAGUUUUAGGAGUGGGUUGUGUAAGUGGGUUGCGUGCUGUGGUACGCUGUGAGCAGCGUUUCAUUCAAACCAAUCCAAACCAAUCCAGAACCCCUGGAUUGGGUUGAUUGGACCAUUUUUCUGCUUCGAUUGGAUUGGAUCAGUGUUGUCAAUAGUAAUUCUUGGCAAUAUAUUGCGAGAAAAAGGCAUAUUGUAUUGUCACCAUAUGGCGAGUGCCUAUAUUAUAUUGUCACCAUAUAGCUUGGCAGUAUAUUGUAUUAUGAUCAUAAGGCUUGGCAAUAUAUGCAGUGUAAACAGUGUCAACCAUAUGACUUAUAAACAGUACUAUCAAUUGCUUCGCACUAACGCCCCUUUUCAUCAUUCUAUCUUAAUCCUCUGCCCAAGGUGUAUCUGUAAUAGCCAACCAAGACUUUAAGCACUCUAAGUACCCAAUAGUAUCUACCCCCAAUCGAUUGCGACGAUCUGUGACUGUAAUCUUAGCCCCUGAGAAUAGC